UCUCUGUUGAUACUUCUUGCAUCCCCUACAUUUCGAUUCGGUGACGGUGACUCGGCGUAACCUCGUGUUCUGGGGUCUCUCGUCAAUCGGGAUCUAGCUGGAGACUGGACCGCGACUCCUUUUCGCCCGUUACGAUCUGUUUCAGACCGCUGCGCCUCCAAUCCGACCUAUCCACCGCUGACCUCGAAACGUCUCUCGCAUCUUCAGAAAACGGCCUGAUUCCACCGGAUAAUCCACUGGUAUACGUCGCACCUCAGCACAACCACCAGCAUCAGAGACCAGCCGCAUCUCAGAUCUACAACGGCGCGAUCGUAACUACUGGUUCCUAGGCGUGGGUCCACCAGGCGAAUUCGUCGUCAGUUUCGUCAGUUUCGACCAGGGCCCAUCGCUCCACGCUCGACUUCUCUUCUUUUCUCGCAUGGUGUCUGUUUGAUCCAGCCUGAGCAGCAAUGGGUUCGACUCAGUUUGGGAAUUUCGACGAUUUUUGUCGCGAUUCCACGCUUCCAGUCUGCAAUCUCUUCGUUUCUUCCAAUCAACCUCCUAAUGAGAUUUAUGGCGGGUGCGCUCUUCGUGGAAUUGGGCUCAGUGACGGCCGGUAUCUUGCAAAUCUUGGGUCUAUAUUGCUCGCGUUCAUAGCUAUUCUUGUUUCAUUGGUUCUGAUAUGGCGCUCGGACCGGAAACAAGCGGCGGUUGGCCGAAGAGAAAUGCAGCUCUUCUUGCUGGGAUACAUUAUCAUCGAGAUUUGCGAGAUCUUCUCCGUGGGCGGCUUUCCCCUCAGAAAUGAUGUCCGAAAGGGCUUUUCGGCUGCUCACGUCGCUGCGAUCACUAUGACAUGUUGGAUCCUCCUCUUGAAUGCGCUAGUCGGUUUCCAAUUCCUCGAUGAUGGAACUCCUGCUUCAAUCGGUCUUUUCUUGUUUUCCGGUUUGAUUUUCUUCAUUGGUACGGGAUACAUUGCCCUGGACACAGCUUUCGAUUGGACGGGCGAGUUUGCGACAAACGAAGGCAACGGCUAUCGGAAUAUCGCCCUUUAUGUACUUUACCAGCUCUUCCCCCUCAUCUGUCUGGUCGCGUUCUUCUUUCUGGAAACGUUCCUCGUCGUCCGUAUCCUGGGCGAGCUUCGCCCAAUGCUGUAUCUCUCCGCAGCCGGUCUGCUGUUCGCCAUCGGACAAAUAUUCAACUAUGUCAUCAGCACUCACCUCUGCCAGGCCACAGACGGAAAGAUCAACGGCGCCCUGUUCGAGACGCUCUUCACCCUGGUCUCAGUUGUCAUGGUCUGGAUCUUCUGGAGUAGCAUCACAGAAGACGACUGGCCGACGCCAAUGUCACAGCCAAUGCCGGGAUACAACUAG